AUGAAAGGUUUGGCACGAUCAUUUGUUUUUUGGCCGGGAAUUGACGCAGAUAUCGAACGUAUGGCAAGGAAUUGUAGCAACUGUACUACAAAUGCACACUUACCCCCCCAGUUUCGAGAACACCAUUGGGAGUAUCCAAAAGGACUGUGGGAACGAGUCCAUAUAGACUACGCGGGACCCGUCGCUGGAAUGAUGUUACUCAUAGUAUCUGAUGCUUAUAGCAAGUGGCUUGAAGUUAAAACAACUAACUCGAUGACAACUGGUGCUACUAUAUCUAUUCUCGAUGAAUUAUUUGCUACAUAUGGUGUCCCAGUAAUAGUGGUGUCUGAUAAUGGCACAAAUUUUACGUCAGCUGAAUUUAAAACGUAUCUACAGACAGUUGGCGUAAAAUAUCAUAAGCUGACAGCACCGUACCAUCCAUCAACGAAUGGACAAGCCGAGCGGAGCGUACAAACAGUAAAAAAUGCACUAAGAACCAUCGAAACUACUAAGACCUCACUUCAGCUAAACCUUAACAAAUUCCUUCGGCAAUAUAGAAAAGCACCUCAUACCACCACAGGCCAAUCACCAUUGCAGCUAUUUUUGGGUCGUUCACUCCGGACUAGUCUAGAUAUAUUUACAAAAGUAACUGAAAAACAAAACUCGCAAAACACCCCCAGCAGCUCCACGAAGAUCCACCAGACCUCGGAAGCCUCGGGUCCUAUUCUCACCUUAGCCACGAGGGGUGGGAAGAAAUAUUGUGUAUUUGCCUUAAUGAGAGAUCUGUAUUUGUCUUGUAAUGUGUAUUCGACUUUAACCAUCCAUCUUUCUCUUUCUGAUAUAUAG